GCUAUCUGCAAAUAGUUUUCUAUUAGAGAAGAACACCGACAUCUCCAUAGCCAGCCGACGCCUGUUUUGCGUCUCUAAGCUCCUUAGUAGCAUGCGUGGCUCGCUUAUUGAACCAAUACCACCUACCUUAUCAAACAUCGCAGCCUCGUUCCUCUCCUGCGGGCGCAAUCUCAAACCACGUUCAGGGAUUCUAGAAUUCUAGUCUUACUGGCAUCUGCAGUGGCUGCUCAAUAAGUGGCUUGACUAUUAUAGUCCAUUUGCCCACGCUCGCCUGUUUUGUCCCCAGAGUCGGCCAAGCGGAUGUAUAUAGUGGGCGUACAACGUACCAAAGAUCCCAGCACUGCAUGUCAUAUUUAUGGUAAUGCAGUAUUAUUCUCGAUCCAUCUUAUACUAACAGGUACACAGCCCUCUCGAUCUAGAUCACUAUAGUAGACACCUGCGAAUGCCCGAGGAGAUGAUUUGCCACAUUGGCGCUGGGCAUCAUCCCAGCUGCAUCGACUGCUUGCGGACAUUGCCGACUUUUCAUCGCAUUCUCAGUGUUAUCCCAUGUCGUCUUCACUGUUCCUCUCUCAAGCGUAUCUGAAAGAGUAACUGUAAUCGGCGAUCACUGACCUGCAUUCCAGCCCAGCGACGCUUGUGUUUUCAUAUCGUUUGCGUCAUUUGGCCAACUUCACCAACAACUGAAUCCAUCCUCUUCCAACCUUCUCUCUCGCCGUCUGUCUUGCUUUAGCUCUGUUGCUUAUUAUUUUGCCUCACAUUGCUCAAUUCCACCUUGUUUUGGCCGUGAUUAUUGUUUCUCGAUAGACGGACAGCUGCGCCAGAUUGCGGGCAGCCCAGCCAACCCCUCAGCGUCGCUCGCACAACCACAACCUCGACCGCCGCCGCCGCCAACCACCGACUCGCCAGUCCUUCUCUCCCUCCGCGCGACUCUCUCAGCCCAACCACACUCGCCCCUCUUCCAAUUUUCCUGCCUCCAUCUCCAUCUCCUCUCCCUUCCUUGCGAUCCGAUUCCCCCUCUUCGCCCGGAGCCAUGGAAGGGGUCGACCUACAGUCGGUCCUCAACAAAGGGAAGCAGAUGGCGACUAACGUCGCUGCGUCCGCCACCAACGGCACUACCAAUAAAAAGAGAAGAAAGGGCACCGAGUUGAAGCCCAUCGUCACCAACGAUUCUGCGACUGCUGCCGGUGAGCAGCCCGGCUCUACAACGGAGGGGGUCCCGCCAUCACGGUCUGGCUCCUCGUCCUCCGAAGAAGAAGUCGAAACCACCGCCGAGGAGGAAGAUUCAGAAGACUACUGCAAGGGCGGCUACCACCCGGUCCAGAUCGGAGAGCUCUACAAUAACGGCCGGUAUGUCGUCGUGCGCAAGCUGGGGUGGGGUCACUUCUCGACCGUCUGGUUGUCCCGCGACACAACAACAGGGAAACACGUCGCGCUCAAGGUCGUCCGAUCGGCCGCCCACUACACCGAGACCGCCAUCGACGAGAUCAAAUUGUUAAAUCGCAUCGUCCAGGCCAAGCCCUCGCACCCGGGCCGGAAACAUGUCGUCAGCUUGCUCGAUUCGUUCGAACACAAGGGGCCCCAUGGGGUCCACGUCUGCAUGGUCUUUGAGGUGCUGGGCGAGAAUCUGUUGGGGUUGAUCAAGCGGUGGAAUCAUCGGGGCAUUCCCAUGCCGCUGGUGAAGCAGAUUACGAAACAGGUCCUGCUCGGCCUGGACUACUUGCAUCGGGAAUGCGGUAUCAUCCAUACCGACUUGAAGCCGGAGAAUGUCUUGAUUGAGAUUGGCGACGUCGAGCAGAUUGUCAAGACGUACGUCAAGGAGGAGGAGAAGAAGGCGCAGAAGGAGGAUAACCGCAACGGUCGCCGGCGGCGCAGGACGUUGAUUACCGGGAGCCAACCGUUGCCCAGUCCGCUCAACACAAGCUUUGAAUUCAAACACAGCUCGCAAAACUCGCACAGCAGUCUGAGUCAGAUGAUUAGUGAGUCCGGCUCGGAAGGAGUUUCGAUGAAGCAAUUGCUGGGGAUUAAAGAUGAGGACGAGCAGGAACCACAAAGAGAAAAGACUGCCGAUUUGCUUGAGCGGGAAGUGUCGGGUAUUUCACUGGACAAGUCAAAGUCCGACGAACCUGAACUCGACUGUGAUAUCAUUUCCGUCAAGAUUGCCGACUUGGGUAACGCUUGUUGGGUCGGACACCAUUUUACUAAUGAUAUUCAGACACGCCAGUACCGCUCCCCUGAAGUUAUUCUAGGAUCUAAGUGGGGAGCUAGUACUGAUAUUUGGAGCAUGGCUUGCAUGGUCUUUGAACUUAUAACCGGUGACUACCUGUUUGAUCCACAGUCAGGUACGAGGUACGGCAAAGACGACGACCACAUAGCCCAAGUCAUCGAGCUUCUCGGCCCAUUCCCGAAAUCCCUCUGUCUCUCCGGCCGGUGGUCGCAAGAAAUCUUCAACCGCAAAGGCGAGCUCCGCAACAUCCACCGACUCCGCCACUGGGCGCUACCGGACGUUCUCCGAGAGAAAUACCACUUUUCGCUGUCGGAGAGCAUGGCCAUCGCCGAUUUUCUCCUCCCAAUGCUCGAGGUUCUCCCCGAGCGACGAGCAAAUGCCGGAGGUAUGGUCGCGCACGCCUGGAUGAAGGACACCGCGGGGAUGCAAGAUGCAGACUUGGGCAUUACACCCGGCAGCAGAGGCGAGGGCAUCGAAGGCUGGGCGUCGGAAGUGAAACGAAGAUAAAGAUUAUCCAUUGACAUGACGACCACGCGUGUCGAGUGACGAUUUUCCUUCAUUUGUCAUGAACUUUCCUUGCUGUGCAUUUUAUCCCACAAACACACUUACAGACACACACCAUCUCCAUCUUGGGCCGAGUGGCGAGUUGUUGGUUGUUCAUCCAUGACCACUCCGUACAUUCUAUAUCUACCCUUCUACGACUACUACUUCAUCCUCGACAUACCACCUUGCUUUCCUCUUUUCUCUCCCUCCUCCACUGCACCUCACUCAUUACCCCCCAUAGAGCUUUGAUUUCCACUUGUCCGCCUGUCCGCCUCCGCCUGCUCUGUCCUGCCCGCUCGCACGCACCGCCUUAGAGAACGUUCCCCCGCCCCCUCACGGGGUUCCGCGCGCUGGAGCCGGAUGGUAUAUUCCGCUGCUGGUCUAUUUACUUGUCCUCGUUGAACACACACACGCACCUGUCCAUUUUACGAUCGAUCCGUGAUAUCUAUCCAUGAUGUUUACGAUGGCCAUUGUACGUAUGGGAUCUGAGGUUUGAGGGUUUUGUUUGAAGAUAGGAUGAUGCGAUGCUGCCAACGACUCUCGUUAGAGAUCUGAUGAAAAUAUAUACGCAUUAGUACAUGCUCAUUGCCUGUCCGAGUAUUUGGUUAUCGUUGUCGUUAGUUCGUAUGCUGUAGUAGCUUGCUCAUGGGACUCUGGUCCCGUUACAUUGGUCUACCCCUGCACCUCCAUCUGCAUCUUCAUCGUCGACGUCGUCGUCGUCGUCAUCCUCACUCUCCAACUCAACAGGAAACCACCCGUAUCGCGAAAGAUCCACAUAAAACUCCCCCAUGCUAUCACUCGUCACCUCGACGCCUUCCUCGCGCAAUGCCUCCGCCUGUCUCUCUGCACUUCCCGGUCCACUGCAUGACACAAAAUACAACAUUGAUUAGCCCAGUUCGAGUCCAAGUCAGUACCGCCUCGCCUUUCGUCAUUUCUUCAAACAGAGAGAACAAAACAGAACAAACUAGAAGGAGGAGAGAGAAGAAUAC